AGUGACAAUGCACACGUCCUUGUACGCUGUGUAGUGAGGCUGACUGAUAAACAAUGAGUGUGACAUUUAUUUUGUCACGUUCGAAUCGAUUCAUAAUAACAAUUUGUUUUUUUUUAGUGAACGAAGCUAUUAGUAUACUUAAAUGUGGGCGAAACAUUUGAUUAUUGGAUGGUCAAGAGUUGAAUUUUUUUCAGUUGUAGUGUUGUAUCUAUUAUUGUGUUAAAUGUGCUGCAGACCUUUAGUAAAUCACUAUACAUAGGGUUGAACAACUGACAAUUAUUACAUCUUGACCGAGAAUCCGUUCAAACUUCUAGUAGUCAUAUAGGUUCAAAUAACUGCAUUGUUUAGUCAUCUACAGGUAUGAAACAAAAUUCGUUCAGAACAAAUAUGAAAUCAACAAUAACCACUGAACUACUAAAUGAAUAUUAAAAUAUUAAGUAAGCAUUCAUAAAGUAUCAUCUAUAAUUUUAUCAUAUUAUAUUAUACCUGACAGAAAAUAGUUGGAAAUAAGUACCUACUCAAACAGCCCAUUAAUAGUUAUUCAGUGUUGGCCCCAUUAAAUGAUUAAAUAAUAUAAUAUAUUUGGCGCAAUAAGUUGAUAACGACGCAGUCACAAGCCGAUUCAUUUAUUUGUUCGCCGUGACACAUAUGCUCGAACCUCAAAAGAUAUAUUUUGAAAAUUUGUACAAUCGAAACAUCGGGUGAGUACUGGCUUAUAUACAAUUUGCCUAAUUAUUUGUUUUGACGUAAGUACUAGUUAUUUUAUUACGUUAGUACUAUAUUAGUAACCAACUAAUAAUUGCAUUAAAAAGUUUAGAUUUAAUACGAUAUAAUAACAUUGCAGCUACUGCAGUAGACAGUAUAGGUUGGAAUAUAUUCGUCCUCUUUUAGUAGCAUAGAUCAAUUUUGUUGCCGAAUUUUGAUAGUAAAAUACGAAAACUAGGCCUAUAUACCGUGUCGGCAUUCGUUUCACAAUCACGUCGAUUGUUCGGUCGACAUUAUUUAGAUAGGUAGGUACUUAACGUACUUCUGUAGCUAGGUAGGUAGAAUCAAAUAGCGAGAAAAAAAAACCAGUAAUAGGUACUUGAUAAAUUUAAAUACUGGUAGGUAGGUACUUGGGCAAUUUGUAUGUUUAUCCGAACUAAUGUGAAAUAUUAAUUUCUAGUUACCUACUAAUUACAAAAUGAUAUAAGUAUAUAAUAAAAAAUAAUACUCUAUUACCAUUGACUAUAAUAUAUAUAUAGUAUAUACUGUUAUAUCACUGAUCAUGAUUUAAUCAUUAAGACAAUCGUUUGAUUAAACCGGUAUGCUCCAAUAGUUAUAUUAAAUAAUUAAUGAUGAUAGGAACAACAUUAUGAUUGUAUGAUCGGUUAAAGCAAUUUAAACAAUUAUUGCGGUUCAAUCGGGUAUCAUUUAAACAUGUAGACAGCUUGAAUAUGUGGUCGCGGUUUAAUUAAAUAGAAUCUGUAAGAUUUUUUUUUAAAAUAUUCGAUUUUAUUGUGAUAUUUUUUUUUUCGAUCUAAUAUAGACUCAUUCAGAAUUUUGAAAUCCUAUUAUGUAAACAAGUUGGUAAUUUGGAUAGAAUCAUUAUCAAAUCUUAAGCCUAUAAAAACCAAUUUUCAUUUUGGCCGUUCGCGUCUUUUUACAUAAAUAACAAAGAUUCUUUAUUGACUACCUACCAAUAAUAUUCUUACACUAUUAUUAUAAAUUAACUAUUUCUCCGAAAUGGAAUGAUUGUUUUAAAUUAUAGACGCGUUUAUAUUAAAUAUAAUUAUCUGGAACAAGGGUUUUCAACAUGUGAGACGAUAUAAAAUUACAGAGGAGACGGGAACAUUUUUAAAUAUCCUACAGAACAUAAUAUAUACAUUUAUAUAAUAAGGGAGGGAUGCCAAAAUAUUUUAUUGAUAACCCUUUAUCCACAACAGGUAUUAAUGGUAUUAACAUGGGUAUGAAUAUGGGUAGCAAAUAUUAGUUAAUGUAAAUGAAAAAUAAACUGAUAGGUUUUAAUACAACUAAAUAGUAGUUAAACAAUUUUUAUCAUAUCAACAUAAUAAUUUUAUUUAAAUGCAAUUUUUUUGGACAUUGUGUAAAAUUAUAGCCAUGAAUUUUUUGGUUUUCUCAAAUAAACAUUUAAAUAAUGUUGUCAAAAUAGGAUAUUUAGUAAAUAACAGCCUGUUAUUUAUUGGGGAUAGUUAAGUUUGUAAAUUGUAGAACUAGCAAUAGCAGAAUAUGGUAUAAUAAAUGUAUUGUAACAAAGGGUGUUUGAUAUAAAAUCAACUUUACGUAAAUGUCGUGGUUUUCCGAUACAAUCUUUCUUGUAGUUUUCUUAAAUUUUUGUAAAGAGACAGUUGCAGCAUGAAAAAUUCCUAUCCGAUGUGAAACAUACAUUUUUUUUGUGUUCAAACAAAAUUCAUUAUAUUACUUUUAUUUAUUUCAUAAAGAAAUAUUUUAAUAAGAUAGUAUUUUUUUUAACUGUGUACCUACUGCAUGUCUGCAUAUAAUAUUAGACAAUAGUACACACAUAAUAUUUAUGAAUAAUACAAUUUUUUCUUUUAGUUGUUACCAAAAUAUUUAAAUAUCUAGUUAAUAAAAUAAAAAGUUUAACAUUUUUUUGUGUUUUAUUAUUAUUAAAUAUCAUAACAUAGACAUUUGAUUGUUCAAUAAAAUCCGUGUGUCUUAUUUUGAAUACAUCAGGCAUUUAGAAUGGUUUUUAAAAAUAUUUCUUUUCUUUUUGAAGAUGCUAGAUAAUAAAUAAUAUACUAAAGUCAACGGAUAUAGAUGUUGAUUUUUAUUUUUUAUUACACUUUUCUGUAUAUUCAAUAGACAUAAAAUCAUACAUUUUCAAUAUAUUUAAGUACCUAUACACGAGGGAGAGGAAAAAUAUUACAUAUUUCACAAAAUAUUUAAUAUCUAUAUUUUAUGAAUAAUCAUACAAAUUUACACAGUUGCUCAUACUUUUGAUUGUUACUGCAUUAUUUAUAACUGUUAACAUUUUUGUGUCUAAGAACAGGUGAAGACUGAUACCUUUUUGAGGUGGGGACUAGAAUAGCCCAAAUAUAUAUUAUAUUAAGACUAACUUAUUAUAUAAAAUAACUACACAUAUCCGAGUGAAUUUGGAUGUUUUUGGUGGGCUAUGCCUCCUUAAUCUCAUAACUUCUACAUAUGACACUCUUACAAGAUUUUAAAUUCUAAGCGGCGCAAGAAAUGUAUUGGUUUUACAAUGAUGUCUAUUUUUUUUUUCUGUGACCAACUUUUCUACCAGAAAUAUUGCUCCAAUUUUCAAUUGUAGUGCCUUUUCUGGAAGGAAAUUUUUUUUUUUUUUUGAUCAGUCCUAAUGUAAUUUAACUUAUAAUAUAAACAAUAAAAGAAAAAAAAUGUAGGAAAAACGGGAAAAUUUAUGAAAUGUAUUAUAUUUUUAUUUUAUAUAUUUUAUAUUGCAUUCAGAAAAGGUGCAAUACUUGAAAACUUUUCUAGUAGAAAAGUUGUUCACAGAUUUUAAGUUUAGAUUGGGCGAGAGUAGUGGUGUAUUUUUAAAAUGCCUCUCGUAUUGUUGUCACAUAAAUGAUACUCCAUUAAAUCAAACAUUUUAACAAUUUUUAAUUUAGGUUCACUUGAAAUUCAAAAGUAGUUCGUGGUUUUACUCCCAAAAAUAAGGGUGACAAAAAAUUACAUCAAUGUAAAAUUGUAGAGCUGCUUGUUUUUACAAUGUCCUAUAAAACAAAUUCCAAUAAAAGUUAAUACUUUCCGAGAUAAUAAGUGUCUUAUGAUAAAUUGAUCACUCUGUAUAGUGAAUAAAAUAAAAUAAUAAGAUACAGAUUUUGUAAUUUAUGAGUAUACUAGUUGGUAAUUAAUAUAUUUUAAAAUAAAGAUUUGAAAAUGUUUAGGUUAAACAUGCUAACUUUUAGUAAACCCUAUUUGUAUGGGUUGAAAGCGAAAAAUGUUUAUUAAAAAAAUAAAUAGUAGUCUUUAAUGACAACAUGCAAAGAAAAUAGUAUUACGGUUUAACUUUUGUUCAAGAACAGUACAUGUAUCAUUUUAAGGUCUAGUAUUUGAUGCUGUAGUGUAAAAUACAAAUGCUUUCAUUUGAACCAGUCUUGUAAAGUGUAAUAUAUUGUCAAAGGUAUUUUGUUCCCUGUCCCAGAUGGUAAUUGUGAAACUCCUAAUAAUUGCUCAGUAUUAGGCGGUGUAAUAAUCAUGGGCAGGCAAGCUACUUUCACUCUUCUUGUUAACUUAGGUAAUCGGUAAUUAGGUUUUGGAUAUUUUUCCAUGACUGUUUUUUUGGUUUCUUUUAAUUGAGGAUCUAUUAAUUAUGUACUCACUAGUAUUUACUAGUACUAUAUGUUAAAUUAAAUAAUUUAGCAACUACUGUGAGUAAAUUUAUGCCGUCCCGAUCACUUAUUUUGCAUUUGUCUAAUGUAGCUGAUAACCGAUGAUUUAUAAUUACUUUACAUGCACAUUUGAUGUUGAUAGAUCAGGAGUAUCCAUAUUGUGUAAAAUUAGUUCAUCUUCAGUGGAUUCUUCUGUUGUAUAGUCCUAAAGCAUGACUAUAAUACAAUAUUAUUGUAAUGAAUAUUGUAGUAAAAUAUAAUAAAUACUUAGUAUUAUAAUAAUAAUAAUAAUAAUAAUAAUAAUAGUAAUGUUACCAAAAAAAUUAUUUGAUUUUUUGUUAUGUUAAAUAGACACUAGGUAGAGAAAAUGUUUACUUCUAUGUAUAAUGAAUGGAUUGCGAAGAAACAUUUAACAGAGGAUAGCAACACCAAAAUGUUAUCAACUUCUGUAGAACUCACUAGACAAAAUAUUGAAAUGUUUUUAUUUAAAUUCAAUCAAGUAAAUGAGUUGACUGAUACUAAUCAACCAGUAUCAUUGUUAGAGGAUUCUUUUAAAUUACUAACAAUUCUGGAUGAACAUUUGGAUCAAUUAAUUACUGUAAGCAUUGAGGAUUACUUCAAUAAUAUUAUAAGACAUCAAUACGAAAAAGAAAAAAUUUCAAAAAACCAAUUACAUGGAACAAACUCUAAUAAUAUGAAUCCUAUUAAUAAACAAAAAAUGAAUCAAAUCAAUGCUUUGCGUUGUUUAUUCACUUGGAACAUAGUCUCCAAAAAGGAUAUGAUUACAUCCAUUAAAAAGAAAUAUGGUGAUUACAAUUUAGAUAUUUCCCAACCUAUCUUCACGUUUGAAAGGUAAAAUUCAUUACUAGAUUUUUAUGAUGAUAUUUAAAUAUUUUUAGAUUCAAAGAUACUCUAUUAUUUCAUAUUUAUUUUAAUAGUUUUUUUUUCUUCAUAUAAGUACUAAAUAAUAAUUUCUAUACAUAUAAAACCAUUUUAAAGUCAUCAUACAAUUGUUGUAAUACACUGCCGAUCAAAAGUUUGGAAACACAGUUAAAAAAUGAUCUACUACUGAUGUAUAUGGAAAUUUGUACAAAUUUUUUGAAAAAUUAAUUAAUUAAGUUAUUUAGGAUAUUGUAUAACAAAUAGAAUAUAUUAAGUGUGAUUCAGACAUCAUCGUUACAGGAAAAAAAAAACGUUUUAAGAUUAAAUUUCUUUUCAUCGAAAAAUUCACCCUUACUUUUAAUGGCUGCUUUUACCAGUCGUUGCAUUCUUUCAAUCAGCUUACUUAUUGUUUACUGUUCCAUGGAAGCCCUUACCUCUUUAAAUUUCUCCCACAAGUCCGCAGCGGAAGUUGGACACAAUGUUCUUAUUUUUCGAUUAAGAUCUUCCCACAAAAGUUUGAUCGGGUUGAGGUCUAGUGAUGGCAGGAGCCUUGUCAUAUUUUCAGGAACACCAUCUGUUUCUUUCUGCUCUAAAUAACUGCGGCAAAGGACCAAAGUUUGUUUUAGGACGUUGUCUUGCUGAAAAACAAAACCAUGGCCAAUUUUUCUGAACCUAGAGGGAAGUGAAUGGCAACAAUAAUUUGUUUAUAUUGCAAUUUUUUUAAAAUACCAUCAAUUUUUACUUUAUCUUCGGUCCCACGGUCAGAAAAACAACCCCACACCAUAACUAAGCCAUCUCCAUGCUUUACAGUAGACACUACACACUGUGGUAUCAUUUUUUCAGAUACAUUUCUUCUCACAUAAGUUCUACGUCGAGCCAUAUAUUUCAUACUUUGAUUCGUUACUCUAGAAUUUUUCAUUUAUCUAUCGUCCAGUUUUGAUGCUUUUAGCUCAUUGAAAUUUUAUUUUCUUUACACAGCAACGGUUUUUUUACUGCAAUACGUCCUGUAAAUCCGGUAGCGUUUAAUCUCCUUUUCACAGUUGUUAGUGAUAUUGGCUUUUCAAGGGUUAUGUUGAUGUCUGCGUGAAUUUCAGGAGCUGUUAACCGUCUGUUCCAUUUACAGGUAACCACUAUAUGUUUAUCUUUUUGAAGAUUGGUUACUUUUGGACGUCCGAUCCAAGGACAAUCGUGAUAACUGUCAGUGUCUUUAAAUCGAUUUAUUUUUGAGUACACACUUUUCAAUGAAAUUUUCGAAGUUUUGGCAAUUUUUCGGUAUGAAACACCUUCAAUAUACAAUAGUAAUACAGCCCUCCUUUUUUCAAUAGGAAUUUCUUUGUGGUUCUCCAUGAUAAUACAUAUAAAUAAAUACAGUAAAAACUUGCUUUUCUACAGUCUUUAAAACACGACAAACGAAACCCAGUACUGAAUAAACAUGUACACCGGUUACACAUCAGUUAGUGAUUAAAUUAAAUUAAAAUCGAUUAUGUUUGUGAUAAAGUGUUGGAUAUUCCAUACUAUUUGUAUACGAAAGAUAGUUGCCGCGUUUCAUACCAUUAUGAGUGUAUCACAAAGUCAUUUAUUUUGUCGACAAUAUGAAAACAAACCAACUAAUGAACAUUUUACGGUUCAUAUCAUUUGUGGCUAACAAUUUUUUUCAUGAGAUACUUGACUUUAAUUUAUGUUAUUGUAAGCAGAAAAAAUUUUUUUCGAGACAAUUCUCCCGGAAAAAUAUGUAUUUUCCAAUCCAAACUACUUGAACUAUUUGUUGCCAAACUUUUAGCCGGUAUUGUAUAUAUAGCAAUUUUUUUUUUUAUUGUUAUUUGCACAUAAACAAAUAUAUUUGUGUUUAAAAUAUUUUUUUUGUUUAGGUAUAUUUUAAAUAUUAUUAUUAGUUAUGAGCUAUUUCUUAAAGGAAAGAAAGAAACUGCAAAAUUAAUAAUAGUACUUAUUGGCAAUUGGCUAGAAAAGCUGGAUGAUUGUAUUGAUAAGUUUUACUUCUCAAUUAGUAAUGGAUUGAAAUAUGUUUUGAAAUCAAUGUUAAUUCAUAUGAAUUUGAAUAAUAAUCAGUUUGUGAGUUUAUUUAAUACAAUAUUUUUAAUUAAUAAAAAUAUUACCUCAUGAAAAAUGUGUUUUGUCUUUAGCUAAUUAGUAGAGUAGGUACUGUAAACAUUUGUACGUAAGUUAUUUGAAAAAUUAGUAGGUAUCUAAUAGUUAAUAUGUUCAGUCUGUAGACACGUUUAAAUAAUGUUACUGGGAGUAAAUAAUAAAAUUCAUUCAGUCUUCAAUAUCGUUAACUAUUAAAGUAAACUGUUCUGACUGAAAUGUGUACUAAUAUUUUACAUUAUAAUGAUUUGUAAUGCCUUUUUUUUGUAACUUAUUCUAGAAAUCUUGUCCAUUCUGCUGUUAAGAUUUAUAUUUUACAUAAUAAAUGCAUGACACAAACAUAAUAUUUUCCAACUAAUAAUUUAUUAUUACUACUAAAUAAAAUUAGUUGAAAAUAAUAGAAUAUUAAUACUCAACUGUACUAAACAAUACUCCAAUAUAGGAGGAAAGACCUCCUAUAUUUAUUUUCCAUAUAAUUCUUACUGCUUCAAAUUACUGUCUCCAUGUUCAAACCAUCCCAGUCUAUUUUCUCUCAUUUUGUCUUCUAUCAAAGUCACGCUUACAAUACCUCUUAUAAAUAUAUCCCUUAUCCUAUUUUCUAUCAUCACUACAUUCAUCCACCUAAACAUUCUCAUUUCCGUUAUACUUAUUUUCUGUUCUAUUUUUCUGUCUAUUGCUCAACACUUUGAACCAAACAACAUAGUCUCACCACAUUUUUUUAGAAGUCUCAUUAUAAUUUUCUUAUCACAUUAAAUAACUGUUGAUUAUCUAUACUUUAUCCAACCAUACUUAAUUCUAUAUUUUGCAUCCUCAGGAAAGCCAUCAAAUUUUGUACAAAAGAUCCUAGAUAGGUACUUAAAAUUCUCAACCUCAUCUAUUACGUAACCGUUUAUUGUUAUUAGCUCUCUUGGCUUGUUCUUUCAAACUUGUACUCAGUGGCAGCCUGGCCAGGAUGGUGAGACUGUGAUCGCUGACUAGGUCCUCCUCUAAUGAGGCCCUUGAAAUUUUAGGUAAAAUAAAUUAUAAAUUAUUUAAUCUCAAACUAAAUAAGUUGAAAAAUAAAAAAAAUACUUACAAGAUAAUAAAAUUAUAUUGGUACAUUUUAAUGAUAUAAAUGUUAAAACAUAAUAAAUAAAUUGUAAAAAAUCUCACAACAAAAUCUAAUUUAAUAUAAUUCCAUACAGUGUUUAACACGUCAAACUACUCAACAUCAAAUAAGUAGAAAUUUAUAAAAUAAAUUUAAAAUUUAAAUUAGUUUUAUUAAAGAACAGCUCAUUAGGUAUAAAGUUUUGGUCUACAGGAGGUUAAUAUAUUUGAUUGUUUAAUUUAGUCUUCUUAAGGGCUUAAAUUUGAUGUAUUUCUUUUUAAACUAAGGACUUUUUGUUGGUUUGGUGAGCUCCACAUUUAGUUCAACACAUUUCUAAAUUAUGUUCACCUUACUAGGCACCCUUAAAAUUGUAUUUUAGUCUUAUGUUUAAUAUUUUACAAAUUUUAAAAUGUGUUUACAUAUAUUUUUAUUUGUAGCUGUUGGAAACCAUCAAACCAUUUUCGAAAAUGAAAGCAAAAUGUAAAGCAGUUGUAUUUGCUAUAGAGGCUGCUGUAUUAAUUGAAUAUGGUGGUAGUAAAGAUUACUUUGAGAAAGCUGAAGAAUGUUCACAAAAAGCAUGCAAUUUAAAUCCAUCAAAUUCUUAUUGGUUUUAUCUUCAUGCAUUAGUUUUGAGAACUCGUAGAGUCUUUUUGAAAACUUAUAAAUCAUGUCCAACAGACAAUGAGAUAGAUUCAAUUAACCAAUCAAUUAUGCUGUCUAAUGGUCAAAAUCUUUUUAUUAGAUACCAUGAAAUUACAUUGUAUAAGGAAAAAUUUUUUUACAAUUUUUAUGCAAAUAAAAAUAAAACAAAUACAUUCCAAAAAAUUAAAUUUGGAGAUGAUUUAUAUACAAUUGUUAAUAUGAUCAAGUAUGAUUUAGUACAUUUACGUUUUUUAUAUCAUAAAAAAUAAAUUAUUUAAUUAAAAUGUAUGUAUUUUAUGAUCAGGUUAGUAUCAGUUGAUAUUGAGCCAAAAAACCCUCUUAUGCUUGUACAAUGUGCUCGAACUUUAAUAAAUCUUCCAAUAAUUGUUAAUGACUUAAAUUUAACAAAAAAAUUAUUAAUACAAGGUUUACAAAUAUCACCAAAUGAUUUGAUUGUUUUACAAGCUAUUGUAAAAGUUAUUAUUUUAAUGGGAAAAAAUGUGAAUAAAUAUGUAGAUAUUUUAAAAUUUAUAUCAAUGGUUGUAAUUAUUUAGGUUUUUUUUUCUAAUUAUAUUUUAUACUGUUAAUUUAGAUCAAAAGUAAUUCAAGUGUACAUCAGUUAUUUGAAAAUCAAUUACCAAAGACAAUUAAUAAGGGAAAUUUAUUAGUUGACUUAAAUUUAGCUGCAAAAAAACAUAAUAGAGGUGAAAAUCCUAUUCCAUAUUUAAUAGGUAUAUUAGAUAAUUAUGAUUGUCAGACACGAUGGAAAAUUAUGGCUCAAAUUUGUUCAUAUAAAAUAUUAUUCUCUAACAACUUAAAUGAUGAUAUAGACUAUUUUAUGAUGCUUAUUAAAGCUCAAGAAACUGAAUUAAUAACAAGUGACUUAAUAUUGGUAAGGAAUUUUAAUGAUAAAAUUACUUUUAUAAAGAUAUUUGUUUUACUUAUUAGAACAUAGAUUUUAAUUUUAAAUGUAGUUCAGUAUGGUAUAAUUUCAAUUAUUCUGUUUAACUUUAUUCUAUAAUUAAUUUAAUUUGUUUGUUUUCAGUGUCAUUCUUCAUCAUUUUUCAAUGAACACAAUAAAUUAAAUCUUGUUGAAUUAAUCUGUAAGAAAAUAAUAUUAGCUUUGAACGAUAAAACUCAUCAAGAACAUCAAAAAUAUAAAAAUGUACUGGACAACAUUUUGUUAAUGUAUCAAUUAGAAGUAAAAGAUUAUGAAGAUAGUUCUAUAUCCUCAAAUUUAUCUAAUAAAUCUAAAAACAAAAACCAUUUACCCAAUCAAAAUGCAUUAGAAAUUAAUAUUAAUUCUAAAAUUGUAGAAAAUAAUGAUAGUGCCAGCUCUAUUAAUAUUAGUAAUAAUUCCAAUAAUGAUAAUAAAUGUUGCUUCUGUAGGAUAAUGUAA